AUGCGUUACUCACUUACCACCCUUGCCUGUGCUGCUCUCGCAGCUACCACUUUGGCCGCCCCCGUCAUUGAUAAGCGUGCCCGUGAUGUCUUGAUCUUCACUGACUACACCACUAUCAUUGUCACCAAAACCAUCACCACUGGAGAACCUCAAGCAACAGCAGCAGAGGUUCAGGCCGAAUGGGUCAACGGCGGCCACGCCGGCCGCAAGUCCUCGACCUAUGGUGCCCCCGUAUACACCACCCGCACCACUACUCUCGAGCCUAUCACCAUUGGCACCAGUACUACCACCCUCUCUGUAAUCACUACCACUCUCGAGCCGGUCGCCUCCACUCCCGCAGUCGAGGUCCCAGGAACUACCACUGUGGUCCAGGAAGUCACCUCUAGCCCUGAGCCAGUGACCGUUAUCACCACUAUCCAGGAUGAGACCGCUGCUGCACCUACCACAGCGGCACCAGUUGAGACCACCUCAACAUCUGUCGCUCCCGUCCCAACCACCACUGCAGCGGCCACCACAACCUCUACCGCUGCUACUCCAGCAGACACCUGGGCCGCUGAUGUCCUCAACGCCCACAACACCCGCCGUGCCCUCCACGGUGCUCCGGCCCUCACUUGGAAUACAACCAUGGCUUCCUACGCUGCGGGCGUCUCCAAAGGGUGUGUUUUCGAGCACUCCGGUGGGCCAUAUGGCGAGAACUUGGCGGCCGGAUACACCACUGAUGAGGCCAUAGAGGCGUGGUAUGCUGAGGGUGCCAGCUACGACUAUGCCGCUGGGCUGUUCUCAGAGGCCACCGGUCACUUCACUCAGCUUGUUUGGGCCAGUGCUACUCAGGUUGGAUGCGGUAUUGCGACCUGCGGAACCAGCACCACUCCUGGUGACAUGUUGACUUGCGAGUAUGAUACUGGAAACGUUAUCGGAUACUUCGUUGCGAAUGUUCUGCCACUUGUUUAA